UCCAACUCCAAAGCAAUAUAUGGCAAAAAGAUAAUUACUGGCAGGAAUGAUUGAAAUGAAGAGAACAAUACAUAGGUAGAUCAAGUAAGUGGUUCUUGGAGAAUAAGAAUGACAAGACAGAUGAAACCCUAACUAAACUGCCCACUGCACCUUGACAUAUGACAUUAUAUUUUCAGGAUCAACAAAAUCUCUUAAGGAAAGGAGCUAACAUAGGAUUGCUGGGCUCAUUGGAAAAAACUAGAAAUGAUUAUUAAAUUCAUACUUCAGAUUCACCCAUGGAACAGAUAAUAAUGUGGUAUAUGCCAUAGUGAAAUGAUGGUCAUGAUCAUAACACCAUGGAAGGAUCUGAUCAAUACCUUUCAUCAACAAAACAGCACUUCUAAAAGGCUUAAUGGGACAGGAAACCAAUAUCACAGAGUUUGUUCUUCUUGGCCUCACUCAGGACCCUGCUGGGCAAAAAGCAUUAUUUGUUAUGUUUUUGCUCAUCUAUAUUGUGACAAUAGUGGGUAACCUGGUCAUUGUGGGGACAAUCAUUGCUAGCCCCUCCUUAGGAACCCCAAUGUACUUCUUCCUUGCCUAUCUUUCACUUCUGGAUGCUGUUUAUUCCACUACUAUUUCACCCAAGUUGAUGGUAGACUUGCUGUGUGAUAGAAAGACCAUUUCCUUUCCAGCUUGCAUGAGUCAACUCUUUUUAGAACACCUACUUGGUGGUGCUGAGGUAUUUCUUCUGGUGGUGAUGGCCUAUGAUCGUUAUGUGGCCAUCUGCAAACCAUUGCAUUAUUUGAUCAUCAUGAAUCGGCGGUUUUGCUUCCUCCUGUUGGUGGUGUCCUGGACUGGAGGCCUUGCACAUUCUGUGGCUCAACUUCUCUUUGUAUACAACUUGCCCUUCUGUGGUCCCAAUGUCCUUGACCAUUUUAUCUGUGACAUGUACCCAUUAUUAGGACUUGCAUGUACUGAUACAUACGUCAUUGGACUCACUGUGGUUGCCAAUGGUGGAGCAAUAUGUAUUUUAGUCUUUAUCAUUCUCAUAAUCUCCUACGGAAUCAUCCUACGAUCACUUAAGACUCACAGUCAGGAAGGGAGGCACAAAGCCCUAUCCACCUGCAGCUCCCACAUCAUGGUGAUUGUCCUCUUUUUUGUUCCCUGUAUUUUCAUGUAUGUUAGACCUGUUUACAACUUUUCUAUUGAUAAAUCCAUUACUGUUUUUUAUACAAUUAUCACUCCUAUUUUGAACCCUUUAAUAUAUGCCUUAAGAAAUUCGGAGAUGAAAAAGUGUAUGGAACACCUAUUCUGCAAAGUUUUAUCUACAGAUAGAAUAAUAAGUGUCUUCUCACUGAAUGUGCUAGCAGUUGUAAGGUAAGUAAUGAGCAAUAAGUUGUAAGAAGGGAUGAUGGAACUAAUUCAGUGUAUCUAUACUGUUGAUUUUCUUUGAAGAAAUCCAUAAGAAAAAAUAUCAAAAAUAAUCACUUGAGAUUAGAAACAAGUCUAUUGC